CAAAAAAAACCAUUUAAUUUGGUUGGCAAAAUGGUCACAAUGACAUGCAAAGAUACUAUCCACUGACAGAUGAUGCUAUGCUAGAAGACUGACAGUUAAGACAGGCCUUGAAAUGAUUGGCUGGUUUGGGAGGCGACGCAAUUGAGCCUUAAUAAAUGUGAGAUGUUAGAAUCUCCCCCUGACAAAUCACCAAUGACCAGGAACCACCACCAGACACACUGAGAUGUGUACACCUACAAAGAUAUACAGAAGUCAAAAUAACAGGUUCCCUUUUAAUUUUCGGUCACUGAGUAGGGCUAAUUUCUUUUAUUUUCUUAGACAAAAUUAGAGUCCCAGAGAAUAGCUUGGCUUACAAGUGGAUAAAGUUGUGUAGGCAGAAGGAGACAUUUUGGGUUUCGUUUGGUGAGAGGAAAUUUGGUAAACAUUGUGCAAUGGUGCGGGAAAAGUUUUGAAAGAGUGUGAGAAACAAUUGCAAACUAAGUGCCUGAAGUAGGUCAGUUCAAGAAGAAGCCUUCAUGUUGCAUCCAUACAGAAUGGAGGGGUACCUCAUCUCACCUGGUCCUGCGUCAGAAGACAUGUACGAACCUGACAUCUAUAGACAACAGAUGUCAGAAUAUUCAUAUCCGUAUGUCAUCAAUGCAGAGAGUCAAGGAGAUCACUGGGACUAUCACGCUACUCAUCAUGCUCAUCCUCUGGACUUUGACAACCUCCCAGAGGGCCACUUCACUGAGCUCCAGAGUGUCCAGCAACUACAUCUACCCAGUAUGGCUCGUUACAGCGAUAUUGACACUCUCUCUCUGGACCCUGGCCUUGGGGGACACAACCAUGCCCUACCCCCACCGGUGCCAUAUUACCCUCGUGCCAUGGGCUACUUGCACCCCUCUCCUCAGACAAUGAGGAGCUCAGACGACGAGGAGCAAGGAGGCCGCAGCCCUCCACUAGAAGUGUCUGAUGAAGAGUGUCUGAGGGACCACAUUGCCCACGUAACAAGGGGAGAAUUGGGCAACAAGAAGAAGAUCCGUCUGUACCAGUUCCUGCUGGAUCUGCUGAGGAAUGGGGACAUGAAGGACAGUAUCUGGUGGGUGGACAGGGACAAGGGCACCUUCCAGUUCUCCUCGAAACACAAGGAGGCCCUGGCACAUCGGUGGGGCGUACAGAAGGGCAACCGCAAGAAAAUGACCUACCAGAAGAUGGCACGGGCUCUUCGCAACUAUGGCAAGACAGGCGAGGUCAAAAAGGUCAAGAAGAAGCUGACUUAUCAGUUCAGUGGUGAAGUGCUAGGUGGGAGGUCUCACUUGGAGAGGAGGCCAUAUUCCCAUUUGUAGAGGGAGAAACAUAGUGGAAGUCCUGAAGAAGGGUAGAGUGAGAGAGAGAGAGAGAGAGAUAGUUAACUGUAUAUAGUAUGCAAGAUGGUUAUCAAUGUAAUAACUAUUGAUUGUGUUCAAAUUAACAAUAACUGUUUUUGCUGCUCUUGUAAAAAGCAUUUAUGUGAACGUCAAAGCCAAUGUCUUAGUGGAAUCUUGACAAUUAGCAAGUUUUGCUCCAACAACUCAAUGAUUGCACAAUCACAUCUGGACCUUUUAGAUUCUAUAGCACGUAGAAACAGGACCGUUUCAAAUGAUACUGUCAAUAAUUAUCACCAGAAUGCUUGCAGGAGUGGUAAUACAGAUGACCACUAGAAGUCCUCAGAGAUCUCCUUUCUUAAAGCUGGCUGUAUUCACUGACUUCUACGCACUGUUGGACUCACUGACCAUUGUGCACAUUUGACAUCGAUUAGACUUGGAUGCAGAAUAAGCAAACAAAAAGACUGCGAUAAAGAACUCUUUAGCAUUAAUGAAAUUGAUUUGACACUCUGAGAUGCACUGACUUGGAAUACGCAAUUCCUGUUGCUUAACCUUUGGUGUAGCAGCACACAAACACAACAUAUUAUACAUUAGCUUUUGCUAAUCAGAACUGAGUAUUCAGCCAAGCCGUGGUAUAAAGCUUGUAUAUUUGAUUGAUGGUAUUACAUGUGUAUUACAUACUAACUCAUGUUAGCGCAAGACUUUUGGAAGUAAACCCUUCUGAACAUUGGGAGGUUUAACCUGCAAACUUUUUGGACUGUCCCCUUGACCAUUACUUCCCUGUCACAACCCACUGACUUGUUCCUGAAAUGGGAGAGGGUGAAGAGGCUUGUCACCCAGCCCUUAACAUCUGCUAGUGUUCUGAGAUAUAGCACAGACCCUUGCCUCCUCCGAGCUACAGUGCAAUCUAUUCCUAGCCUAGGAAUACCAACACAGGGAUAUUUCUCCCAUACUCUCAAUCAUAGACCCUUGUUUGAUCUGUAUAAUAGUGUAUAUGACCAUUUGUUUUUCCGUACUCUAUGUGCUCUCUGUUGGCAUGUUUGUAUGUUGGCAUGACUCAGUUACAUAUCUGCACGUGAUGAACUCGAAAGCAUUUCUAUUUCUCACGCGUCAUGUGGUUUUAGUCGACUCAUCCUCACAUUGUUCCAGCACAUCACAGACUGGCUUUAGCAAAUCCUCUGGGAAUCACAGCCAUGUACGCAGAACCCCAGUGGCUGAGCCAGAAAGUAUAUAGACAUGUGGGCAGCUGUGGAAACAUUACUGGGCCCACUGGCAGCAUACAAAGCCACCCCAUCCCCCACCAUCCACCCACCCCCAGCCCAGUUAUGUGGCAGCCGAAGCAUCUAGGUGUAAAUAAUUCUGGGUGCUGACACAGCUCUAUGAUGGGAGCACAGGGCACAGUCUGCAGUGAAAAGUGAUGCAAAGUGAGGUAUCCAGGGAGGGCACCAUCAAGAGACAGAUAAUAGUUUUAAGUGUAUUUUCCCUCCAGCACCAUAAAGCAAUGAAUAAAUACAACUGAAAAGGAGACAUAAAGGACAGGGAUAUAGUUAGAAUAAUUCAAUUUAAUAAUGCAAAAUCGUAGAAACAGUGAGGAUUGAGUGGCCCGACUGCCAGAGUGGCCCGACUGCCCGGAGCUGCCAGAGUGGCCCGACUGCCCGGAGCUGCCAGAGUGGCCCAACUGCCCGGAGCUGCCAGAGUGGCCCGACUGCCCGGAGCUGCCAGAACCAGAGCCACCUCCAGAUAUAGGUGGGUUGGGGAGGGGGGGUGUAGCACAGUGCCGUCGUUGACGGCAGCCACCCUCCCUUCCCUCCCUUUAGUAGGGGGAUUUUUUUUAUUAUUAUUUUUAAUUUUUAUUUAAAUUGUUUAUUUUUUUGUGUGGGGUUGUUGUUUUCUUAAGGUGCUUCCGGGGUUAGCACCUUUAGGGGGAGGGGUACUGUCACGUCCUGGCCAGUAUAAGGGUUAAUUGGUAUUGUAGUUUGGUCAGGACGUGGCAGAGAGUAUUUGUUUUAUGUGGUUCGGGGUGGUGUGUUAGUUAGGAGGUCGUUUGAUUGAUUAUUUCCGGGUUUUGAGUUGUGGUCUAUUUCUAUGUUGAGUCUGGUUUAUGUAUGUCUAUGUUUGGUUAAUUGGGGUUGGGACUCUCAGUUGAAGGCAGGUGUUGUCUAUUUGCCUUUGAUUGAGAGUCCCAUAUAUGUGGGUGUGUUUGUGUUUGUCGGUGGUGGGGAAUUGUUCUUGCACUGCGUUUGCAUAGCCUGUAAGACUGUCCAUGUUGUGAGUAUCAUUUAUUGUUUUGUUUUCCGGUGGAUGCUUUGCCUUUUACCAUUAAAAGAAAUAUGAGUAUUCACAA